AGUAAACUAAUCUUGCCGUACGCAUGUUGUAACUUUAGCUGUUCCCACUUCUACAAGAACAUUCAAAAUUUGAAAGUUGAAAGAAGUGUCAUUAAGAAAUUGAAAUGCUAUUUUUGUGGCUUUUUUUCGUACUUCUAAUAACAUCCUACGGGUUUGCAAAUGUGACAAGUGAUCUGAGGGAAGUGAUAGAGAAUAUUACGGCUGAUUAUGAGGAUAAUUUAAAACGGGCCAUUCAAAAUGAAGGAAUUCGUAGGCAUAAUAUUACAACAGGGGAAAAUAGUUAUCCACUCAAUGAUGCUCUUAUAUCAGAGAGUGACUCGGAUAUUGAAUUGAAAAAUUUGGUUCUUAGCCCCGCCCCCGACGUGAGGGUGGCCAAGCUCUCGGUCAACUUUGAGCUUUUAACAUUAGAUGUAGUUCUCAAUUUCGGAACCCUUAAGGUCGAGGGUGACUAUGAAGCCAAUAAUAGAACGUUAAGGAGAUUGCUAGCUGUUACACAUAGCGGAGGUAUAAGUAUAAAAAUUUCGAACGUUGUGGCUUCCGGCAGGAUAGGGCUUUUCCUUCGGGAGGAUUCGUUUGUCGCAGAAAAUUACGAUUUGGAUUUCGAACCUGGUGAAGUUACAGUGUCAGUACAUUACCAGGGGGAGAAUGGGAAUAUUGUCGAAAGCGAAAUUACUGAAUUGAGAAUAGAAAAGACACUGGCGCAUUCCUUCUGGAGCGAACUAACUGAUGUUCUGAAAAAUGUUUUUAAACAACAACUCGGAGCUGUGAUAGUUGAAGACUCGGUCACGGAAACCUUGGCCGACUUAGAUAAUGAGUUGAGGUAUGUACAAAAAUAUGCAUUUUGUUUUUAUUUUCGACAUGGAUAUGACAAUUUUACAGCGGAGUAUUUAGAAAAUAGGGUCACCGGGACAAUAAAAACCAGUAUAUACCACAGUAAUAUAUUUGUAAAGAUGGCGGUGUCGAAGAGGGAGGAAAAAAUUAAGUGUAGAAUAGAAAAAAUCAAAGUCACAAAUCUAAAUGAUAUUGAUAUGGAUUCAUCGGGUUUAGGGUCUCUUAGUUGGCUAAUUGAUAGAUUACGUAAUUGGGUGAUAGCAAAUUUGAGAGGACGUGCCAUAUCUGUCUUUGAAGACCAUCUAAGAAUGUCUUUCGAAAAAGCAGCUGAAGAUAUAGACUGUGCAGCACUGUUGAAUGACUAAUUUUAUAACAGUUGUUACUAUUUUAAUUAUUGUUACCAAAAUAUUGUGAUUUUAAGCUAUUGUUGUACUGAGGUAAAAAAUUGUUGUUUUAAAUCUUUUUAA